AUGGGGAAGGUAUCUCCAAAGGACUCAGAUUCGAAAAUCCCGACGAGGAAGAAGAAGUCGAAGAGUUCGAGUAACAAGUAUUUAAAGCCAGGGGCAUUGGUUCAUCUAUGUUAUAGCAAAGCCUCUGCUGCUGCUACUGCUAAGUCAUGCAAUGAUUUUGGGAAGAAACGAGUACCUGUGUUUGAUACUAAGCAUGCAAGGAACAAUAAAGUGGCAGUGGAGCAUAUCAAUUCUCCUAAAAGCCCUCUAAUUUCGUCGCCUGUCAACAUUGUUAAGCGGAGUAGUCUGGUGAGGCCAAUGAAAUUUGAUGAUCUGCAGGUAGAGAGUAAGAGUUGUAAGAAAAACCCUUUAAUGUUAUCUCCAAUGGGUAUUGUUAUGCAAAACACUUUGCUCAAGACACCAAAGACACCACAAGCUGAUCCUUGCAAUUCAGAAUCUCAAUUUGAAUCUCUUCCCAUGGAUUUACUGGUUAAAAUAGUUUGUCAUCUGCACCAUGAUCAGCUGAAGGCUGUUUUCCAUGUUUCUCAGAGAAUAAGAAAGGCUACUGUGAUUGCAAGACAAUAUCAUUUCAAUUAUACAACACCAGACCGCUCAAGACAGGAAAUGUUGAGUGUCAUGACCCCAAUGCCAAUAAAUCGUUGGCCAUUUAUUAGCAAAGGAGAUGGAAACACAACAAUCAUACCAAGCCCACAUACCCCAAAAGCACCAAGACAUGCUCCUCGACCGCCUAUUCGAUCCAAACUCACAGAGAUGAAGCAAAUCACUGCUGUUCUUUUCCAAGACCAGACACCAUUCCCUUCAAGAUGCAUCGUUCCUUCGGUUCUCCAAAGGUCGACUCUGUUCAAACCAAUGGCUCCAAAGCACCCUCGAGUGCUCUUCUAUGAGGAUGAAUUAUGUCAAGCUGUUGCUCAAAACAACCUUCGCUGA